AUGAAACUUUCACGUGUCGAGAUGUUGAAGAAAUCAAAGGAAGAAAGAGAACUCGAAUAUAAACGGAACCAUAUAAUUGGACAAUGUGUUCUUGGUUCCUUUUAUGUUAUUACAGUUGUGCUUGGUUCAUUUGCAAGGACGCCCGAGUCGUAUUGGUCAAGCCGGUCCAACCUUAUUAACAAAUAUUUUGUAAAAAUUGGAUGGUUUUGGACAACUAUAGUUUUUAUAAUAUAUGCGAUAUUAAUUCAUACUAAUAAACUGGAACAAUUCGUAAAAGCUAUAAUUCGUUUGCUAUUGGCAUCCCUGUAUUGGUAUUUAUUUACACAAUGGUUGUUUGGACCAAGUUUAUUGGAUAGGGUGUUUGUGCUUACCGGAGGCGAGUGUUCCAAAGUAGUGCCAGGAGAAAUAUUUGAAGCUCAUGUUUGUCGAAAGGGUGGAGGAGAUUGGAAUAAUGGUCAUGAUGUUAGUGGCCAUUGUUUUAUGUUGAUUCAUGCUUCUCUUUUCAUUCUGGAAGAUGCCAACAUUCUUUUUUAUCGAUCAAAUAAUUGGAAGAAUAAAUUUCUUUUUAAGCUUUUCGGAGGCCUACUUUUUCUUUGGUGGUGGAUGCUACUUAUGACCGCAGUUUAUUUUCAUACGUCUUUUGAGAAAUUUACCGGUACCUUGUCCGGACUUUUUUAUUGGGCCUUAAUGUACGGUUUUAUUUUUCCAAAAUAUAUGCCUUAUAUGAUGCCUUAUGAAUUGGAGGGGUACAAAUUUGAUAAAAAAAGUAACUAUUGGAAUGAUGACACGGAAAGAAUUGAUUACUUUUAA